CGCGAACAAAAACCCGAACAAGGUGUAUCAGGGCGCGAUGCUUUAUGAAAGCCUCAGAUUGGAAAUUCUCAAAGUGGAAAAAAUUUGUGAUGCAUGAAAUGCGACACCAAAAAUACUGCAUUGCAGAGAAAGCAAUAGAGGCCGACUAUUGUGUUUCUGCGGGUUCACAAUUGGGCUGCUGAUUAGCACGAGAGAAGGGCACCCCUUUGCCUCACUAGCAUGACAAACACGCUUUGAGUGCCCGGGAAAUUUGUCAUGCGCCGACUAGAAACGGUGUUUCCACUGGAGUCGUGUUUUUGCAUUACAAAUUGUUUUCACUUAGAGGAUUUCCAACCUGAGGCUUGCAUAUGCUCGCAGUUUGCUUCCAGCAGCUCUUGCUAUUUUACACUUUGGAAUUGCGGAAGCCGAAUAAAUAUGAAUUGCAAAAGUAUCGUACUCGCACUAAUGAUCGUUGUCAUGCAAGACAAAUUUCUUUUUCAAGCUAAAUCAGCAUGAGAAAUUCCAUUUGUCAUGCUGAGCUAAUUUGUAUUGCAAUGCUACGAGUACGAUACUUUUGCAAUGCAUAAUAAAGUAGAGAACGGUGCGAACACGACCACCACCAAAGCGAGUUUGCCCAGAUGGCAGCUGAUCCCGGUGCGGAAGAUUUUGUUUCCCCAAAUCGGCAUACCGAUAAAUCCCUCGUCCCGGCCGCCGAUUCCGGUUUUCAAUAGGGGAGAUGAAGAUGAUGGUGCGGAUCAUGUUGACCUUGACAAAAAUCGGGCGGCAGUGGGACGACAUGACGACGAUUCGCAGGAUGUGCUUCAUGCUGGAGAAGUUAUGUCAUCCUCGCAGCAGCUGCUCCCCCCAAACUGGGUCUCCAUAUGAAAUGCAAAAGCAUCGUACUAGUAUAAAUCGCAUGACAAAUCUCCUCAGCAUGAGAAAUAAAAUCUGUAAUGCGGAUUUACCUUUACUUUUAGAAGAAAAUUUGUAAUGCAUGAUUGCAAUAUACUACGAGUGCGAUACUUUUGCACAGGAUACUCCAUUUCUCUCUACAACUCUUCCACCUUUUUCGCGCUCGACGAAAACCUCCGGGGGUACCACUUUCAGCUCAAAAACAAACAAAGCGUCGGAUUGCAAAACAGAAACAGUACCUCAGGAGGGAAUACGAUCAACGCUGCAGGAACUACUUUGGUACUAGACUCCGGCACUACGUACCCGCGGUCUAGCACGAUGCUGACAACAAGAGCCUCCACAAUGGCAACCCCUCGGGCAUCAGUUUUGCCCGAGCGAGUACUAGACCACCAGCAUCCGCAACAUCCACGGGCCUCUUCUACAACUACACAUCAACAACUGCGGAGAGAUUCUGUCGUCUCCGCUGCCCCGUCCAUGAUAUCGUCCACAGGUGGUGGUGGGGGUUAUUUUGGACAGCAGCAUUUGGAGUUGCAACACAUCGAGGAUCCGGAUGACGACAUGUUUCUGCCAGAGGAGUCUUUUGAACAAUACUUCGUGCUGUUGCACACGGAAAGCUACGACUACGGUCAUGAGGAACAAGCUGUAGGAGCGAGGAACAACUAUAAUUCCGGAGGUCCUCGUGCUGGUGGCACUAGCAACAUUAUGCCAAUGUCGAAUGGCGUCUCCAGCUCGUCCUCCUCCCGGCUGAUCUACCACGAGAACACGACCAUACCGCAACACAUCGUGGAAAAUUUGCUUUCCACAACGGGGGGAGUUGGUGGUGGCGGUAGUAAUAGAGGCGCUCCUCCUGCGGCUGCGUCCUUACCUAAGAAAGGCACUACCUCCGCCACUUCUUCCGCCGACGGCGACGAUGAUGAUGAUGAUGACGGCGGCGCGAGCGAUGACGAUGAGGAUGAUAAUCCUGACCGCGAACAGAAUCUGAAGGGUCGUCUCAAAAAAUAUGAUUUAGACCCCGAUAAUCAACAUCAUCAUCCGCAGAUGAACAAGGGCGCGGUGGGAAAUACAAUACGCAAGAAGCCCAUCCGCAGUUUCCACCAGUCCUUGUGUGCCAUGGUGGCGCUGAACCACGUUCCGGAUAUUUCCCAGGAAAUCAUAACCGCAAUGACGCCGAACACGCCCGCCACGUCCGAAGUGCCGACCUCGGGGAGCAGUGCGGGGACUGCUGGAACAACCACUUCUGCGCAGAUGAACAAUGUGAUCCACCUAGGCCAGACGGGGAGUGUGGACAAUUCGACUAGCAAUACACAACGUUUUAUCCCGGAAAAAACAACCAUCCCCAUCCAUUUUCUGCAUGACAAACACAGGAUUUCAUACAACUUUUGCAUGACAAAUUGGACGGGGAUCGUUGUUUUUUUGUGGAUACGUUUGCAGAAAACCUCUUCUGAGACCUCCUCCGCCACCAGCAGCUCCGCGGAAGACGGCUUCCAGGACGGCGGCAUUAG